AUCACCUUUUGUAUUUAUCCCUCUCAUAUAUGCAAAUAUGCAAUAUCUAUAAUCUGGGCUUUUUUGUAUCAUCCUCUCCUCAAGUUUGUGCAAAAAUGGGUCUUGCUAGUAGCUUAUUAAUGGGAAACGGUUCGCCAACGACACAGAUGCUGAGCAUAAUUACAGGAUCACUGUAUAACAGUUUCAUUGAAAAGGACACCAAUACAUUUCCAGAUUUCCAUGUAGCACUUCUUGAUAUAUUCAACACUUUCAACUCCUCGUUGCCUGGUAAACACUAUGACGUUCCUUCACGCCAGGAAGUAGAGGAAUGUUUUGCAAAGUGGAAGGAAGCCAGCAAUGAUGAACCAAAGAGGAAGGAGAUCUUUGUAGACUUUAUCAAAACAAAGGUAAAUCUAAAUAAGCCAGACAACGCGACACUAAUCACAGGAUUAGUGACGCCACCAGCUGCCAUGGCUGCAAAGAAAGCAGGAGAGAGAGUUCCGGCGCUUAAGAUCAUCAAACUAGUCCCUGAUGUCCUCUUUGUUCCUUCAGCAACAUUCUUGGCUCUUAUUUCAAUCAAGGUAUCCAGGAAAGUAUUUAAGAGAAAAAUGAUUAGGAAAGAGCAACAAAAUACCUGACUUCACUGCUUUCCAAGAUUAUUCUUAAAGACUACAUGCCCCUUGUAUAGCACAUGUAACAUUUCUAUGCAUCUGUAUAACAAAAAUAUUUGUUCACAGAACCUGACGUGCUAAAGUGGAUUAUUUGACUUGUGAGUUGUGACUGCGAUA